GAAGGACCCGGACCGGAUGUCGUAUUGUUGUUUCCGCGUAGCGCGAGCGAGGGAAAUCGAGUCGCUAACGUGAGCGUGGAGGAUACAACAAAAAAGAGGAAAAAGGGAGUCGUGCGAAGUGUUGUUGGGAAUGUCAUCGCCUCCGUGUGGUCGCAGGAGUCAUGAGGGGUCGACGAACUUGUCAGAGAGCGAUUCGGACGACGAGCCCCAGCUCCCCCUCAACCAGUUCUAUCCGUACAUCCGCUGUGCGCUGUGCUGCGGCUUCCUCAUCGAUGCCACCACCAUCACUGAGUGCCUGCACACAUUUUGCAAAAGCUGCAUCGUGAAGCACUUCUUCUACAGCAACAGGUGUCCCACAUGCAGCAUUGUUGUCCACCAAACACAACCCAUUUACAACAUCAGGCCUGACAGACAACUGCAGGAUAUUGUUUACAAAAUGGUUCCCUUCCUGGAGGAGUUGGAACGAGAACAAAUGUGUAACUUCUACAAAGAGAGAGGACUGGAGGUGCCAAAAUCAGUGGUGAUCUCUUCUCCGAGUCCCGUUGUGUUAAGGAGGCAGAAGAAGGAUAACGCUCCUCAGACUGUGUUCACCAUUCCCCCCGAGCUGGACGUUUCUGUGAUGCUGGAGUUUGUAGGGGCUGAAGAGGGCAUUAUUGACUAUAAGCCGUUAGAGAGGCGGUACGUUCGUGUGUCUGGUGAGGCCACUGUCCGCCACGUGGAGUUGUUCAUCAGGAGGAAGAUGGAGCUAAGCCCAACCUGCCAGGUGGAUGUGGUUUGUGGAGAUCACCUCCUCGAUCACUACCAGUCUCUCAAAGACGUGCAGAGCUCUGUGGGCGAAGAGGCGCUGCAGGACGGUCUGUUGGUGCUGCACUUUGGCCUGGUCCUGCCCUCCCACUCCUGACCACGAGUUCAUUCCUGAAGGGGGGGUGAACUCUCCUCUUGGCCUUUAUCUUCAGUCGAAUCUUUGCGUAAAAUCAAAGAACUCUUAAUGUGGUUUUCUUUAUUGAACAGUCAGGGAUGAAGAAGAUGCUAACUGUUCUUUAAAAUUCCACACUGAAGCAUCAAAUGUUCAUCUCUCAAAAUGACGGGUACAUACAUUGGAUUUUUUAGUGCCAGUAUGUAAACAUGACUUUGUGCUUCCACUCUACAGAACGUGAAUUUUAAAACUGGACUUUACUGUUAGUGGAAACUAAAUUUGAGAUGGGGCCUGUGAAGCCGAUAUAAGCUGCAUCAGUGUAGGUUGCCUCUCUUUUUGGAAUCCAGGGAUUUUCAGGGAAUCUCACCUUUUUUGGUAUUUAAUGACUUUGAGGGUCGACUGUGAUUUCAAAAUGAUACCUCUGAUUCAAAGGGCUUGAAACAAGAGAACUACUACUACCAAAGGUUUGUGUGUGUGUGUGUGUGUAUUUUGAUAUUUAGAGCUGAGAUCUACAGGGCAUAUUUUCCAGCUUCUUGUUGAUUUACACAUUUGAUUUAAGCUGUUAACUUUUAUAUAAACUGUCUACUGAUGUAAAUUAAUAAAGUGACUCAUCAGAGCACUAACACAGUUAUUUAAAGGGUGUUUGUUUACAGAUGGAUUUGAUAGGUUUUUGUUAAAAUUUGCUUUCCUACUUUUGUUUGAAUUAAUAAAUUGAUGCACAACUGAA